CGUACUUCAUCUCAUACGGCUUACGGGAUCUACGGGAUGUGCGUACGAGGUAUGGCUGUGGGAUUCCCGUACAGUGAGCAAGCGCGGCGGCGGCCUUCGCGAGCUCGGUCGCUGUUCAGUUCCAGUAAUUCCCGUUUGCAGAUACACGCACGACGACGACGACCAUCGUCACCCCCAAAGCCAGAAAUUCGUUGAAGAAAGUAACUUUUCGUUACUCGGCCAGCACAGCACAGCACAUCAACAUCGAUCCGACAACAACCACACAGAAACUUCAACUGCACAUUAAGCAAGCGCCUCGUUUCACUCACCAAGGGUAGAGAUCCUAUUCCAAACAGAUAACUCCUUACGCCGUCCUUUCACAUCAAGUGAGAGGAGGCCAAAUCGUGAAGAAUUCCGGAAGACCGCUCUAUCAGAUCUGAACCGAACACACCAAGGCUAACACAGCUACAGCAACAGCAGAAAUCAUGAAUCCAGACAAAGACCAUCCGGGCAAGAAGUCACGACACCCUUCAUCUGAUCCGAGGGAAGCUUCUUCCAAACCUCCUGCCAAGCAACCAUAUAAUCAGAACCGGCAAUCACCACCACAACAACAUCAACCACCACCACUAGAAGAACUGGAUCAACCACCACCACUAGAAGAACUGGAUCAACCACCACCACUAGAACAACAAGAUCAACAGCCACCACAACUACAAGAACUACACCAACUACCACCACUAUUUGCAAGAAGCGCACAACAACACAAGCACCGAGUAAAUGCAGUGAAGCAAUAUGCUGGACCCCACCUGAGAAUCCUCCUUGCCUUUGUAAAAGAAGUCUACGGAUCAUUAAAUAAAUUGGAUAUCAAACGUUAUGACGACAUGCUGAAAGCCCAUGUUGAUAUAAUACAAGAACUAAGCAGAAAACCAGAGUGUGAGGAACAAAGAACAAUAUAUAAUGACAUACAAAGAAGAAUUCUUCAAGAAGAUCAAAAGGAAUUUAUAGAUACCCGCUGUCCUGCACUGUCCAACUUGGAAGAUUAUUAA